AUGUAUUAUACAAUUAUGGCAUUUAUAAUAUUUCAUAAUGGUUUGACAGGCUUAAAUGAUGCAGCUUUGGGCAUUACCAGAUUGAUUGAUAUGAUAACUUUACCGAAAAAUGAACUAAUUGAUAGCAAUCUAUGUUUGGUACAUUUUAGCAAUUCUUUGGUGCUUUUGAUCGUGCUUAAUGGUUUCGGUUUAUUAGCUAAUAGUGUCGAUCGGCUUCUUGUAAUUUUGUUUCCACUUCAGUAUUUUCGGCAUACGCAGCUAAUCGUCGGAUUUCUGAUAGCAGUAGUUUACAUCGCUGUUUUUAUCUUCAUGAGCUCUGCUAUCGCUAUUGAAAUUGUUUUACCAGCGCGACGUAUAUCACCACUUUGCCUGGAGCAGUUAGUUUAUAACGAAGAUUUAUAUUCUGUUAUUUUAUGCGUGCGUACAUUGACUGCAGCUGCGAGUAUUCCUAUAAUGAUUUUAGUGCUAGUGAUAAUGUACAAGAAACGAAAAAUGGUUCUUGGAAGAAAUAAAUUGACAUCAUUCACUGACAUAGAUGCAUUUAUUCAGCGUCAGAAAUCCUUCACUAAAACCACAUUAGUCUCGUGUUCGAUAACAUUCUUUUUAUACGUGGUCCCAGCAGUGAAUCAACUUAUAUACGAUCGCUUAGAUGCUUCCAAUGAAAAUGAAAUGGCCCUAUAUGCUAUAUUACUCAGCAGUAUCAAUUCAUACAAUUUGGUAAUGACUUUCGUAUAUCGUCAAAAGGAUGUCCGUGCUUUAGUUAUAAAAAUUUUGAGUUGUUUUUGCUGUCAAAAACAACAAAGAUUGGUGAUAUCUACUGGCAAACCAUGUGAAGUGACAGCAAAGCGAGCAUGUAAGUCAACAAAUGUUCAAUCGUUAUCAAAUGCCAUAAUUCAACAGCUCCAUUAA